CCCUUGAGACAAGGUAUCAGACCAAGCCCAUGACAGGGAGCUGGGAAGGGAAGGGGCGUAGAGUGGUCCCAGCUGCCUGGCACCCCUCCUACCCCCCAGCUGGUUUCUCACUGUGGCCUCCUGUGUGUGCAUGCGUGUGGGAUGAGUUCGUAUGUGUCUGAAUGGAACAGUCCUUUGCCACUGUGUCUAAGACCCUGAUGUAGGUCUCCAUCCGUGUUCCAUCCAGCUCAGUGCCUGCCCAUCCCCAUCCUUCACCCAUGCCUUAAUGUCCUUAAGGCACAGCAGAGAGGCCACCGUCACCACAAGGAUGUAAGUUGGGCAGAACAAGGUACCCUGGAACAGAAAGGCCUGGAUGACUGCCGAACAGCCUGUGGAGACUUGGGCACAGCCAGGGCAGAGGAAGCCUGGGGAGAAGUCCUGCGCUUUGCUCUUGCAGACCUCGGGGAGGAGGCUUCCACACUGCAGUGCCUUCCCACUUAUCUCUCAAAUGCAGAUAAGAGCUCAGCUGGGAGGAGGACUGAACAAAAUAAUACCACGGCCGAUUUAGAUUAAAGCUUGAGCGAUCCCUUGGGAGAGGGAGUGGAUGCCAAUGCCAUUAAUCCCAUAGGGCCAAUGUCCCCAGUCUUCCUGGGCUCCCUGGCCGGGCCUCGUCUCUCCAUCCAGCAGGCUUUCCGGAGCCCGUCUUCAGCCUGUCCAGACUGCAGUGCCUGAGAACCACCUUGAGGCAUUGCCAGCCUUUCCGCUCCCCGUUCCUUCAUGGGCUUCUUGCUCCUGGGUUCAGUUCGGUGCCAUCUGGCUGAGAUACCUUCCUUGAGUGCCCAGACUGAGUGAGAGCCUCUUCCGUCCAUCACAGCCCCGUUAACGGUGGCUGUCACUGCUCCGCCCGCUAGAGAGCCUUCGGAAGACUGAGCUCGGCAAGGGCAAGGUUCCAGACUGGGGCCACUCGGUUCCCAGAGCCCAGACAGCAGCAGCCGCUAACAGAGAGAGCUCAGUCUCCGGUGAGCAGCCUCCAUGAGGCCCUGGACCAGUGCAUGAUAGCCCUGGACCUCUUCCUCACCAACCAGUUCUCAGAAGCACUCAGCUACCUCAAACCCAGAACCAAGGAGAGCAUGUACCACUCGCUGACCUACGCCACCAUCCUGGAGAUGCAGGCCAUGAUGACCUUCGACCCCCAGGACAUCCUGCUUGCCGGCACCAUGAUGAAGGAAGCACAGUCCCUGUGUCAGAGGUACCGGAAGAAGUUGUCUAUGUCAGACUCUUUGAGCAACCUGGUACACCGUCCCACCCUGGACCAGUUCACGGAAGAGGAAAUCCAUGCAGAGGUCUGUUAUGCAGAGUGUCUGCUGCAGAGAGCGGCCCUGACCUUCCUUCAGGAUGAGAACAUGGUGAGCUUCAUCAAGGGCGGCAUCAAGGUUCGAAACAGCUACCAGACGUACAAUAAAGAAUUAUCCAGCCUAAGAGGGCAGAUGAGGCCGGUGAAGGGUAUUGUACCACUGGGGACACAAUAUGGUGCCGUUUCGGGGGAACUGGAUAGCCUCGUCCAGUCCUCCCAGUACUGCAGAGGAGAGAGCCACAGGCACUUUGAAGGAGGGGUGAAGCUCGGUGUAGGCGCCUUCAACCUGACGCUGUCCAUGCUUCCCACUAGGAUCCUGAGGCUGCUGGAGUUUGUUGGGUUUUCAGGAAAUAAGGACUACGGGCUGCUGCAGCUGGAGGAGGGCGCGGCAGGGCACAGCUUCCGCGCAGUGCUGUGUGUCAUGCUGCUGCUCUGUUACCACACCUUCCUCACCUUCGUGCUCGGUACUGGGAAUGUCAACAUCGAGGAGGCAGAGAAGCUGCUGAAGCCCUACCUGAACCGAUACCCCAAGGGUGCCAUCUUCCUGUUCUUUGCUGGGCGGAUUGAAGCUAUCAAAGGAAAUAUUGACGCCGCCAUCCGGCGCUUCGAGGAGUGCUGUGAGGCCCAGCAGCGCUGGAAACAGUUCCACCACAUGUGCUACUGGGAGCUCAUGUGGUGCUUCACCUACAAGGGCCAGUGGAAGAUGGCCUACUUCUACGCUGACCUGCUGAGCAAGGAGAACUCCUGGUCCAAGGCCACCUACAUCUACAUGAAGGCUGCCUACCUCAGCAUGUUUGGGAAGGAAGACUACAAGCCAUUCGGCGAUGAUGAAGUCGAGUUAUUCAGGUCUGCGCCGCCAUGGUGCUCCUGCUCUAGGUCUUCUGUGGACAGACCAGGCUGUGCCAGGCUUGAAGCUCAAAAUUGCUGGCAAGUCUCUACCCACAGAGAAGUUUGCCAUCCGCAAGUCCAGACGCUACCUCUCCCCCAACCCCAUCUCACUGCCAAUCCCUGCUCUGAUGGGAAAACUGAGGCCCUGCUGAGGCAGAGACCCAGGACUGACUUGCCUCACUCCCACUCUCAGGAAAUGAUGUACAUCUGGAAUGGCUAUGCUGUGAUUGGGAAGCAGCCAAAACUCACGGAUGGGAUGCUUGAGGUCAUCACCAAGGCUGAAGAGAUGCUGGCAAGUGGCCCAGAGAACGAGUACUCAGCCGAUGACGACUGCCUGGUCAAGCUGCUGAAAGGCCUGUGUCUGAAAUACCUGGGCCGGAUCCAGGAGGCAGAGGAGAACUUCAGGAGCAUCUCUGCCAGUGAAAAGAAGAUUAAAUAUGACCACUACUUGAUCCCAAAUGCCCUGCUGGAGUUGGCCCUGCUGUUCAUGGAGCAAGGCAGAAACGAAGAGGCCAUCAAACUCCUCGACUCUGCCAAGCAAAACUACAAGAACUACUCCAUGGAGUCAAGGACACAUUUUCGAAUCCAGGCAGCCACACUCCAGGCCAGAUCUUCCCUGGACGGCAGCAGAUCCACAGUUUCAUCGGUGUCCUUGUAGCUUUUGGCAGCAGCACUCCUGGGCUCAAAGAGGAACACACAGCUAGCUGGACAGAGCUCCUGGAAACAUUUCAAAAGAUCCCCCUCCCUCUGCCUUCCUUGGGGUCCACCUGGUGCUCCUGUGGGAUGCACAAGAAUAUCUGUGCAGAAGCAAAGACAGCAUUUUACCAGUGUGGCCAAGGCCUUUGCCAAAGGCAGAGCAGGCGGAGCCCUCUGCCAGUCCUAUCACACAUACGGGUACUUGUUUUACACUGUGAUGUAAAAGAGAAUGUAUGAAAGUUUACAUUUCUUUAGAAAUACAUUGAUGGGAUUAUAGUUGGCGUUAAAAAAAAAAAAAACCAAACCAAAAAAUAAUUGCUGUAAAUCUGUUUUCACCUAUUGUGGAAGUAAAUCUCUCUACAUGCUGCCAAGGCCAAACUGCUUUUGAAAUCUCAGCAAUGUCUUAGUUUUUGAGGGUAGAACAGGGGCGUUCCUAGCAUCUGAACUUCAAAGUUCUAUACACAAAAUUCCAGGACAGCCAGACUGUCUAAAAAAUAAAUAAACUAAAUUAAGUUGCUA